CUUGAAACGAAGGUUACCGUAUUUGCUGUCUCUCUUAGUAAUCUUGACAGAACAAAUGAGCUAUCAGAAAAUGGAUGAAUGAGUUACCUCUAGAAGCAGAGUUCAGUUGGGAAAAAUGCCGAAGUAUGGAGAAGAAGUAUCAUCAUAACCAAUACUGCUGUGCAGAGAAGAGAGUUGGGAUUACUCAAGACUCACAUAAGUACAUACACUCUCCUUAUAGCUGUAUCCCCUCUACUCCAUUGCCAGCAGUGCUCCUGCUAAGGACUGUUAGCCAGCUUUGCUUUUCAGUUCUGCAGUGUCUUCCCAAAGUCAGCCAGAAGAGCACAGCUGCAUCCUGGAGAGUGCCUGGAGCAAGCACUGCACGCCAUACAAUUCAGCAGCUGCCAUUCUCUCACCUGCAGAAACACUGAACUGUUGCAUUGCACAGGACAAGAGGAGUAUGCACCAGAGGUCUGGGAAUUCUUGAGCUCUAUUUCUCUGCUGUGAAGAGCGAGCUGGAGACUUCUGGCCAAGGGUUCAGAUACAACUGGUAGCAGCCCCAAGCACUGAGCCGCCUGCCUGCCACAACCCUGUUUGCAAAGAAGGGGAAUUUUUAAAUAUGAAGAGAAGGAAGAAAAAAAUAUCAAAGUUGAGAAGUCCUAGGAUAUAACUGUGAUGACUCCACAGUUAACAGGGACUGCACUGGUAACAGGGACUCCAGACACCUCCACAUAGGAUGCUGUUCCUCUGGAUGUUCUGGAGGGAAUUUCAAAAGAGCUGUUCAGCAGUGGGUCCAAGGAUGCCCUCACAAGAGAAGAUUUUGAGUAGUGGGAGCAUCAGUCCAAGAAAGAGGAUGUCAAGAGGAUGGGAGCCUUGUGGUGAACCUCAGGUGGCUUUUGAUCCUCUCUCAUCCUGAUUAAACAGGAGCAACCAGAUGCUCACCUUGUGCCAGUUUGCAUCUGAGUUUUGAAGAUGCGGAGGACCAAUAGCUCCUGCGAACUUUACUGACUGGGAGACUAGGAGGACUCAGCAUUGCGAAUCCAUCUGUGGGAUCACCCAUCUGAAUUUGUGCCAGCCUCUACAGGAACACUGAUGCCAGCAAUUUAAGGAUCUUCACGUUUGCUCUCAGUGGUAGUUAAGUAGUGUUGCCACAGAGGUAGCGCUCGCCUUCCCCAGCCAUGAGGCUUCCUCUGCUCUGUGCCUGGGUGAUGCUAAUGAGCCUGUGCCGGAGCCGAGCCGUCAGCUUCCCCGAAGACGAGGACCCCAUUAACAUCGUCGACUACCACUAUUCAAGGCAAUAUCCAGUAUUUAGAGGACGCCCUUCAGGCAAUGAAUCUCAGCACAGACUGGACUUCCAACUGAUGUUGAAAAUUCGAGACACACUUUAUAUUGCUGGCAGGGAUCAGGUUUACACUGUAAACUUAAAUGACGUUCCAAAAUCGGAAGUUACUCCAAGCAAGAAAUUAACAUGGAGGUCAAGGCAGCAGGACAGAGAGAACUGUGCUAUGAAAGGCAAACAUAAAGAUGAAUGCCAUAACUUUAUUAAAGUCUUUGUUCCAAGAAACGAUGAGAUGGUGUUUGUCUGUGGAACAAAUGCAUUUAAUCCUAUGUGCAGAUACUAUCGGCUGAAUACCUUAGAGUAUGACGGGGAGGAAAUUAGUGGUCUGGCAAGAUGCCCAUUUGAUGCCAGACAAACCAAUGUCGCCCUCUUUGCUGAUGGAAAAUUGUAUUCGGCAACGGUAGCAGAUUUCCUGGCAAGUGAUGCUGUUAUUUAUCGCAGCAUGGGGGAUGGAUCUGCCCUAAGAACAAUAAAGUAUGAUUCCAAAUGGAUAAAAGAGCCACAUUUCCUCCAUGCCAUAGAAUACGGGAACUAUGUUUAUUUCUUCUUUCGAGAAAUUGCUGUAGAGCACAAUAACUUAGGCAAGGCUGUGUAUUCCCGGGUGGCUCGCAUAUGCAAAAAUGACAUGGGGGGGUCCCAGAGAGUCCUGGAAAAACACUGGACCUCCUUCCUGAAAGCUCGGCUCAACUGCUCCGUUCCCGGGGAUUCAUUUUUCUACUUUGAUGUUCUGCAGUCUAUCACAGACAUAAUAGAAAUCAAUGGCAUCCCCACUGUCAUCGGUGUGUUCACUACACAGCUUAACAGCAUCCCUUGUUCAGCAGUGUGUGCUUUCAGCAUGGAAAACAUUGAGAAAGUCUUCAAAGGGAGAUUUAAAGAACAAAAGACUCCUGACUCUGUUUGGACAGCUGUACCUGAAGACAAAGUACCAAAGCCAAGACCUGGCUGCUGUGCAAAACAUGGCCUAGCAGAGGCUUACAAAACCUCCAUUGACUUCCCAGACGAAACGCUCUCCUUCAUCAAGUCUCAUCCUUUGAUGGAUUCAGCUGUUCCCUCAGUCACUGAGGAGCCCUGGUUUACGAAAACACGUGUCAGAUACAGAUUGACGGCAAUUGCUGUAGACCAUGCUGCUGGACCUUACCAGAACUACACAGUCAUAUUUGUGGGCUCUGAAGCAGGGGUAGUACUUAAAAUUUUGGCAAAGACCAGAUCUUUUUCUUUGAAUGACAGUAUAUUACUGGAAGAAAUUGAAGCAUAUAAUCAUGCAAAGUGUAGCGCAGAGAGCGAGGAGGACAGAAGAGUCCUUUCCCUGCAGCUGGACAAAGAGCACCACGCGCUGUUCGUGGCGUUCUCCAGCUGCGUCGUCAGGCUUCCUCUCAGUCGGUGCGAGCGGCAUGGCUCGUGUAAAAAGUCAUGUAUUGCUUCCCGGGAUCCAUACUGCGGCUGGUUAGACCAUGAGGCAUGUGGAAGAGUGAAACCAGGCAUGCUCACUGGAGGGUACGUCCAGGAUGUAGAAUAUGGCAACACAGCGCAGCUUGGGGACUGCCAUGAAAUUUUGCCUACUACAGCUACACCAGAUUACAAAAUAUUUGGCGACCCAACAUCUGACAUGGAGUUCUCCUCAGCUUCCAUUACCACAAUGGCAAGUAUCCCAGUUAUAUCACCUAAAGUGAUUGGUUCCUGGAAACCUAAAGUGACUGGCUCUCGGAAAUUUGUAGUUCAAGAUGACCCAAACACUUCUGAUUAUUCUGAUCCAUUAUCAGGUGUCCCAAAGGGUGUAAGGUGGGAAGUACAAGCAGGAGAUUCCAACCAAAUGGUACAUAUGAAUGUCCUAAUCACUUGUGUCUUUGCUGCUUUUGUCCUGGGAGCCUUUAUUGCGGGAGUGGCCGUUUACUGUUACCGGGAUAUGUUUGUACGGAAAUCCAGAAAAAUACACAAAGAUGCAGAAUCUGCUCAGUCCUGUACUGACUCCAGCGGGAGCUUUGCUAAACUGAAUGGGCUGUUUGAUAGUCCUGUCAAGGAGUAUCAACAAAACAUCGAUUCACCCAAGCUCUACACAAACCUGUUGACUAGUAGAAAGGAAUUGCCACCCAAUGGUGAUACGAAGUCCAUGAUGAUGGAUCCCAGGGGCCAGCCUCCCGAAUUGGCUGCACUACCCACGCCUGAAUCUACACCAGUUCUUCAACAAAAGACUAUGCAGGCUAUGAAAAGUCAGUCAGACAAAGUGCAUAGUAACCUCAAUGCCUCACGAAAAGAAACCCCACUAAAAAGCCCUCAGUUUUUUCCUUCCAGUCCUCCACCCCAUUCUCCUCUAAGUCACGGACAUAUUCCUAGCGCUAUCGUUCUUCCCAAUGCCACCCAUGAUUACAAUACAUCUUUCUCAAAUUCUAACGCGCACAAGGCAGACAAAAAGAUGCAACAUAUUGAUCACCCACUUACAAAACCAUCCAGCAAAAGAGACCACAGGAGAUCUGUUGAUUCCAGGAACACCCUGAAUGAUUUUCUGAAACACUUAAAUGAAACUACUAGUAAUCCUAAAGCAAUUAUGGGAGAUAUUCAAGUGGCACACCAGACUUUAAUGCUGGAUCCAAUGGGAAAUAUGUCUGAGAUCCCACCUAAAGUUCCCAACCGGGAGGCGUCUUUAUACUCUCCUCCAUCAACUCUUCCGAGAAACAGCCCGACAAAACGGGUGGACGUGCCCACCACGCCUGCAGUACCAAUGACCUCUUUGGAAAGGCAAAGAGGCUAUCACAAAAAUUCUUCACAAAGGCAUUCAAUAUCUGCCCUUCCUAAAAACUUAAACUCACCAAAUGGUGUUUUGUUAUCCAGACAGCCUAGUAUUAAUCGUGGGGGGUACAUGCCUCCCACGGCAGGCACAAAGAUGGACUACAUGCAAGGGACGCCUGUCAGCGUUCACCUCCAGCCUUCCUUGUCCAGGCAAAGCAGCUACACGAGCAACGGCACCCUUCCUCGUACAGGAAUAAAGAGGACACCCUCCUUAAAACCCGACGUGCCACCAAAACCCUCAUUCGUUCCUCAGACAACUUCAGUCAGACCACUGAACAAAUACAGCUACUAGGACUUGUCUGUGCUAAAACCGAGUGUGGCAUUGACCUGUACAGGUUGUGAGAUGAUGUUGUGGGAGACACGUAAGACAGAGACCUGCUUGUAAUUAAAGAGAACAAAAAGUGGCCAAAGAAACUGUCUUUACUUCAGCAACAUCUGUGUCUUGCCACAUGUAGCUAUAGCAAGACUUUGUGCACUUGCUAAGAGCAAACAAAAAAAAAAACAAAGGAAAGUGCUGGUCAUUACAUUUCUUUUGUUUGGAGCUAAGGAGACAUGUAGCACAAUGGGGUGGGGGCUACUUUACUGUUCUAAAGAGCUGAAAAAGUUCCUGGAAAAAAAAAAUAUUCUGUGAGCAAAUACUUGAAAAAUGGGUUCCAUUUUAGACUGCCGUUAAGUGUGGUCCUUCCCAUUAAAUGUGAACAUUUUAAUAUGUAUGCAUUCACCUUGCCUCUUGCACAAAUGUCAGAAAAUGGUAAUGUCUCAAUGAAUAUCUGGGUUAAUAAUCAAUUUGCUGGAAUUCAGUCUCUGGCCCAACUGUAGCAUUCUUUUUUUUUUUUUUUUCCUCUCCAUGUGUGUGGCAUUUUGUUUGUGCCACAGAUAAAGCUGUGCGUGUGUGGAUGUGCGUGUGUACUGUACACACUAGGAUGUAUUUAGAUUCCCAUUGCAUCUUUUAUGCUAUGGAAUUGUUUACAUUGAGCAUGACUGAACAAACAGAUGACUCUUCCUUCUGCAGCGUUUGGGUUCAGCGCGGAGACAGCUAAGGAAGAACUGCGCAUCUCUGGCAGCCUUCUGAGCGAUUCGCCUCGAUGAAAUAAGUCACCCAGUGAAAGAGUGCAUAAACGUUUAAUUCUUCAUAACUCUGGUAUGCUGCUAUUGAUUCAGAGCUGUACAUUUCAAAUCUAAUGUUUUGGGCUGGAAUGGGGAGUUCUACUGUGCUUCCCCAGCCACUACCUGGCCACUGUGAACUCGAGCCCCUGUACUUCUCAUUGAGGGCAGCUAAUAACAAUUCACUUGGCAGAGGCCUGUGUAACUACAGAAGGUUAUGUUUUUUUUGUUGCAUUUAAUAAUGCCCUACACUCUGAUAGACUCUUGUCAGUAGAAAGGAAGAAACAUUAAUUGGCCUGGCAGAAGCAGUCUGUGAAAACUCAACAGUAGUGCAAUCAAUUUGUUUUUGUUGUGUAAUGUAAUUUUUUUUUCCAAAGUCAUGCAGGUAAUGACAAUAUUCUGUAAAUAUUAUGUGUGAGUUUACCUGAAUCUGUGCAUUUUGUGCCUUAUUCAUGCAAAUGAUAAAAGUACUAAAAAAAAAAAAAAACUGUCAAGUGUUCUCACUAUAGCACAUAUUUCCCGAGUGCCAGUGUAAAACCUCUCAACAGCACCCCCCCCC